GUCCAUCCUGCACAUGCGUUCUUAAUCUACACAUAAUCUCUUGUUUCGUCCUAUAUAAUACCCAUUUACAGCUAUUAUUUUGAUUGAAAAGGUCAUAUUUACAAAGUCUUCCUUUUACGGAUUUAAUUUCAAACAGAGAAAUUACUAGAGUUAAUGCGCUUUUGGAUCCAUAUAAUUGUCUCUUUUUUUUCAUUUGCAUACAUUUUUUUCAUUUCCUUCAGCCAAUAGUUCUAUAUGUUCUAACUAAUCGCAGAACCCACCGUUGUAAAAUAUGUAAUGCUAUAUUUAUUUUACCAGUGGUAACCAUCCUUACAUUUUAGGUUACCCUCCAUGUUUCUAGCAACGAUUAUCUUAUCCACCACUGGUUAUUAAACCGAUCAAAUUAAAAAAGAAACACACAAAAUGUUCUUUUUAAUACCAUGUAAAAUGCAUCAUGAAGAACAUUUCACUAAUAGAAAAUGAAAAGAAAGAAGAAAAAAACAUUUUAAAACUCUACUAAAAUGGCAAGAAACACAUUUCUUUUGUCAAAUGACUCAGUUUUAUUUUUUAUAAUGUAUAACUAUAUAUUUUUAAGAAACUAGUAUAGUCUCUAGAGCUGAUAAUCUCACUGACAAUGAUCCCUUUGAGGCCUGAAACCAACUUUUACCAAAAUUGCUCUCAGGAUUUUCACCCGUCUAGUAAAAUGAUUAAAAAUCAUUACAUGUUUUUUUUUGAACCAAGAAAUCAUUACACGUUGGUGGGUAAAAUCAUCUCUACAUUGACUAAGCCAUCAAAUCACUGAAACCGUACAAAAAAGGUCUCUGGAGUUUUUAUUAUUUACCCUUUUAAACAACUUCGUGAAAAAAACGUGCAACUUACUGAUCAGUUUUAUGACUUAGAUAACAGUAAUUUAUAGAGUCUGUUAUUUAUCAUAAAUCCAAAUCGGAAAAAGGGAAAAAAUUGUCGAAGAAGCACUUAAAAGCAUCCUGAUUUUUUAAGUCUUUGGAUUAAAUAGUUAAUUAGCUUAGAUGAUCAAAUACGUCGCGGCACGUUAAAUUAUCGACAUAGACCAUUUUGAGUGAACGCAGACAAUUAAACCCUGACACACGCAAGGACCAAAAAUAUUAUCGACGCACUGCAUCAAGGGCAAAUUUCACACUGGCUAGCACAGACCCACAAACAGACUGAUAAAAAUAGAUACUGCAAAAACAUUAAUACGUGAAAUUUCAUUGUUAAAUCAUGGCAUAUGAGAUAGACUAUUAUUUUUUAAUUUUCUUACCAAAAAGCAAAGAAAAGACGAUUUAUAGCUGGACGAAUUAUUUUUUAUUUUAAAAAAAAAUUAAGCAUAUAUAGGAACAUCAUUGACAUGGAUAGACUAAUAAUAAAAUAUUUGAGUAAAAUAUUCCUCCCAUGGUCCAAAACCAUUGAACCAUUCGUCUCUUCCACAUAAAACAGAACAACCACCAGAAACCGAUGUGACAUGUUCUACUUGGAAGAAAAAAAAACCAUACCAAUAAUCAAGAAGGCCAAGGGUUGUUCUAUAUUCCUGAAAUGGGAUUAAAAGAGCAACAGAAUUGUCCAAGUCAGAGGAAGAUCGCUGUUUUCAUAGUCUUAGCGUUUAUACCAUUUGCUCUGUUCCAUCUCUGUUUUAAUAACCCAUUCUCAACCAUUGUUGACACAACUCUCCAAGACUCUGCAUCACACGUUGUGCUCACCAGCUACUCUUCUUCUUCUUCUCAAGAAGAAGAAUCUCAAGAAGAAGCGUUAUGCGAUUACACGAAAGGCAAAUGGGUAAGAGACGAGAUGGGUCCACUCUACAACGGCUCGAGCUGCGGAACAAUCAAAGACGGUCAGAACUGCUUACGUCAUGGCAGACCAGAUUCCGGUUAUCUUUAUUGGAAAUGGAAACCGAACCAAUGCGAUAUACCGAGAUUCGACGCUAACCGGUUUCUUGAUCUUAUGAGAGACAAGCAUCUAGCGUUUGUCGGCGACUCCAUGGCUAGAAACCAGCUUGAGUCUCUAAUGUGCUUGCUCUCUACCGUCUCUAGCCCUGAUCUCGUGUACAGAAACGGAGAAGACAAUAAAUUCAGAAAGUGGCGGUUUGAAUCUCACAACGUCACGGUCUCGGUUUACUGGUCCCCGUUUCUUGUAGCCGGUUUGGAGAAAUCUGGAACGUUGGACCACAACGUAUUGCACCUAGACCGUGUGGAUGACAGAUGGGGUAAUGAUCUAGAACGUUUUGACACGGUGGUUGUCUCCGUGGGACAUUGGUUUUUGCAUCCAGCGGUUUAUUACGAGUCCGGUUCGGUUUUGGGAUGUCAUUCUUGCGAAGCAAGCAACUGUACCGAGAUAGGGUUUUUCGAUAUUUUUAGAAAAGCAAUAAGAACGACGUUGAAGGCGGUGGCGGGAAGUCGGCGGCAGGUGAUCUUGACGACGUUUUCGCCGUCUCACUUCGAAGGCCGGCCUUGGGAUAGUCCCGGCGCGUGUAACAUGACGGAGCCGUACCAAGAGGGGAAGGUUCUAGAAGGUUUGGACCUGGAGAUGCGACGGAUAGAGAUGGAGGAAGUUACGGCGGCGAAAGCUGUGGCGGAGGGGAGGCUAGAGGCGUUAGAUGUGACGGCGAUCUCGGUGUUGAGACCAGACGGACAUCCUGGUCCGUACAUGUACGAGUUCCCGUUCAAGAACGGUGUGCCGGAGAGAGUUCAUAAUGAUUGUUUGCAUUGGUGUUUGCCUGGUCCGGUCGACACGUGGAACGAGAUUAUGAUAGAGAUGUUAAGGCGAUGGAAGGUGUGAAUGAUGAAGGAUGAUUGUGAGAGUGAUCCUAUGAUAUCAUCAUACAUGAAUCUGUCCAAAGGUGUAAUCAUUUGUUUCUUUGAUAUGUAAGUAGUUUCUUUUCUUGGAUUAGAUUUUUUUUUAAACAUGGGAGUGAUAAUUUUUUGGUCGUUAUUCUUGAAAUGGAGGAGUACGAAAGAUAGUUGGAUUUAAGUUGAUCAAUAAACAUAUUAUUUUCUUUCUUGCUA